AUGGCGCAGUUCACUCGCGCCUAUCCUGACCGUUUCAUCGGGAUUACCGGUGUCGACCUGCAUGAUCCGGUCAACUACGUGCAAGAGGUGGAAAAGUACGUCAAGGUCGAAGGGUUUAAAGGUGUUCGUAGCUGGCCGCUCUAUGUCAAGUGUAUCAAGCUCAAUAUUCCCUUCCUAAGCACCUUCACUAUCAACUUCAUGAUUCUGAUGGAUAGUUAA